AUGGCGGUCACUCUGCAGGACCUCACUGUUUCAGAUGUGUCUGAAGGACGAACGCAAGCUGAGAAGGACAAGGUCGGGGUGAGGCCACAACAACAAGCUCUGGCCAUUGACACACACAAGCGCGUUAGGGGCCAUGAGCUGUGGGCGCUUGGUUGCAGAACCCUCUACCUGACUGGACAACGUGAUUGGGGGUAG